ACACACGUAUAAGGUAACCGGAGAUUCAGACAUGCGCAGUGACCAGAUUGCGACACAGAAAAGAACCACAGAAGAAUAACGAAAGAAAAAGGGGUUUUUUAUUAAAAAAAAAAAAGAAAAAGAAAAGAAAAGUUGUCUGUUUGGUUCUGUUCUUUCUCUGGGUUUUGUCUAUGGCAAAAGUAGAAGAUGAACAACAACAACAACCCCCAAAUUCUUCAUCCAUGGAGCCACCUUCCUCGUACAUCUUCCUCCUCAACAUCAUGAGCAAAAGAAGAACAUGGGCAUGUCUCUUCUUGCUUGUUUAUGGCACCCUCUUAACAUCUUCGUGGAACUUUCUGAAAUCCAUGCUCUCUUGGUACAAUCUCCAAGCUCAAUCUUCAUCAUCAUCUUCUUCAUCCUCAUCUGGGUGGCCAGCAAUCUACACCUCAGUGAUUCUUGGCACAGUUUUCGGGAUCCUUUCAAUGGUUGCAGCUUUGGUUGUGAUGGUACCUGCGAUUCUUGUGACAUGGAUAACCAUAGUGGUGCUCCUUGCUUUCUUCGGUAAGCCGAAAAGAACUUUGGUUGUUGAAGGUAGGAAGAUUACAAAGGAGAUUUUUGGGUUUGUGGUUAAGAUUCUUUUGAAGGAAGGGAAUCUUGUUGCUGCUGUUUGUGCUGUUUUGGGGUAUUUUGCUUUGGUUAGGAGGAAUAAUUAUGAUGGACAACCCUCUGCUGCUGUUGAUUGAUAUUUUGGGGUUUCCAAUUUGGUCAUGAUUGGAUUUUGGGGUUUGAUCAUGAAGAUUCGUAGAUUGGGGUUUUCCAAAAUCAUGGAAGGUUGGUGUUCAUUUGGUAAAGUCACUUAAUCUCUCUCUCUCUCUCUCUCUCUCUCUCUCGUUCUUUUUUUUCCCUUUUUGGGAAGGUAUAGAGUAGGGAACUAGAUUAGAAUUAGAAAAGUUGGAAACUUUGACAAUGUUACUGAAAUGUAUUAAGUGCUAAAUAUGCUUAAUUAUCUUGGUGUAUGAUCUUGUUGAUUCAUUAAUUCCAAAACUUAGAAGCUAGUUGUUGUGUUGGUCACCAAGAUUGAGCUAUUUAUUGUUUGUAUAUACUUGAUUCUGAACCAACCUGAAGUUGGUUAUUUGCAAAUACUUUAAUCUUUAACUAGAAAGUGAAAACUAAAGCACAUUUGUGUUUUCGUGUGAAAUUUAUAGUUGAAUACCGUUUGACUAAAUUAUAUCUAAUUGUUCUUCGCCGUCAAUUUUAUACGCAGACAACUGCAUAAUGUUUAUGGAUAGCUACCAUUUGGUGGAAUCUUAGUUAGGCCAAGUUAGUCAAAUUAUUGGUAAAAAGACUCGAAUGUGUGUGGUUCGGUUUAGAACUUAGAACAGGAUAAAAGAGAUGUGAUUCAGUUGUUAUUGUUCCAUGUCUGUUAUUUUAGUAAAUUGUAUUUUUUAAAACCGCAACUUAGAAUCCAUAGAAAUGGAAAAAUUAUUUUUUAUGAAAGAAUUAUUUGAUGACUAUUCAAGUCAAAUUAGGCUGUUGAGUGAAGAUUAGGCCAUACUUUUAAUCUUAUUUUAUACUUUCAAGUGGUUCCCUACCUUUCAUAUUUAGCCAUCAGAGAUAUCAUCUUGUCUCAAGUCAAGUAUAAAUUUAUUCCGAAAUAACUAUAGUUACAGGUCAAGUUCUGGUUGAAGAAAUUUCUUAGGAAAGGCAACAUUAAUCAUUGAACUUCACCAGAUAACAACCUUUGGCACCAAUGAAGUGACUUUGUACUUGGUGCUAGUGUCUUAUGAUCGAUCCUUUUGGAUCUUUUUGGUUCAUCUUAGAGAGUGAAAUGACAAAUAUACCCAUAAAAAUAGAUUAUAUCCGGAUGGAAUUAUCUAUAGAAGAACAAAAAAUUAUCUUCUAAAAGUUUGAUUUGGAGAACAAAUCUCCCAAAAAAAAAAGGUAUUUUUCAGAUUUUUACGAGUGGAUUUCUCUUUCACACCAAGUUUUUGCGGAUAUCAA